ACGAACGACAGGGGAACGAAUUGCCCUUCACGACUACGAUUUCAAGGGUCACGAUGCUAUAGUAAUGACAUUGGCUGCCCUUCUGCCUCUCCACGACUCCCAGAAAGCGACACUUAAGAUCCGAAAGUCCCGGCAACUUUGACUUAUUCGCCCCUCUCGUCCGUCCGGUCUCCGAGGUCGCAUCACGAACUUCUCGAAAACGCCCACUUCGACAGGAACGGCUGAGAAGGAUAUCGGUCUGUGCCUUUAGCGGGACUGCAGCGAAAAGCAAGUCUCUUUUAGAAUCAUGUUGCGACAACCUCUCCGCGGCGUGCGCGCGCCGCUUCGAACCUUUGACCAGGCAGCCUGGAAGGGCGCUUGGAGGAGGUUCUUCACCUCGCAGACGGGAGACAAGGCCUCCCGUCAGCUCUGGCGGUUAAAGACGGCUUCGUGGGAGAGCAUGCUGGCGCGGCUGCGAAGCACCCGGUUCGGAACUGGCUCAACGACAACGCCAGGCAUGAUGCAGGGCCUUCUGAGGCGCGGGUUCCGGUUCACGGCACGCCGCAAGGGAGCCAAGGGCCCGGUAGCCAGCGACGCCGAGAAGCCUAUGACGCUGACCGCCCGGCUCAAGAAGCUCACCAAGGACUACGGCUGGGCAACGGUUGGCGUCUACCUGGGGCUGAGCGUUUUGGAUUUCCCCUUCUGCUUCCUCUUCGUUAGGAUCGUGGGGGCAGAGACGAUCGGCAAGGUCGAGCAUUACGUCGUGUCGUCGGUCAAGGCCAUGAUUCCCGACUCAGUCCGGGAGACAUGGCACGAGUACUGGCAGUCGUUCAAGAAGGCCGAGGUGCAGGCGCUUGGCGAUGACGAUAUAAGCGACAAGAUGGAGAUGGCUACCUGGAGCGUCGAGAAGGCCCAGGAGCGGAAUCGCGCCGCCGAUGCUAGUCUAGCGACUCAGCUGGCGCUGGCCUACGCCAUCCACAAGAGUUUCAUCGUCUUCCGGGUGCCGCUGACGGCAGCCGUCACGCCCAAGGUCGUCAAAGUGCUUCGGUCAUGGGGCUGGAAGAUUGGAAAGAAGAGCGGUUAGACUAAGAAAAGGUUGGAAGUCAUGAGGAUUUGGAAGCCUGAAACUAGAAGCCGACCAAGCUUGCCCAGAGCAGCCGAGUACUUGGUUGAAACACCCCACACAUUACCACCAUUUCCUAACUACCCUAUGGCUCUUUUACGAGUCUUGUAUCUCUAGCCGUUACCUUAGUUUAGAUUUCCAGAGUGUUGACUACUGUGGUAGACUCGUUGUAAUAUAUUAAAUGAUGCCACA